AUGUCUUCUCUUGGGCGGACCAGAGCUCCCAGACGAGUUAUGGCUGACGAAACGACACCAUUAAUAGUAUCAUACGAUACCAAACAUUCUAUCCAUACACUACGUAAAUCGGCCGCAAGACAGAUACUUCUAAUCGCUACUCUAUCAUGUGCCGGACUCCUCAAUAUAUUCACUGUACAAUCAACCGUGAUAAUCCUUCCUCUAGUCGUGAGAUAUUUGUCCAUCCCAACGAAUCGGCAGCAAUUGGUUAUAUCGACGUAUAGUAUAGCAUCGGGAUGCCUCAUCUUACUUUGGGGCCGCAUUGCCGAUAUCUACGGUCGUAAAAACAUAUUCCUUAUCGGCUCGAUUAUGUUCGCGUUGGCAACAGCCGCGGCACCAUUCGCAUGCUCUGAGGUUAUGUUCUACUUCUUCCGGAUACUGCAAGGGUGUAGUAGCGCGGCGACUGUCCCUUCAGCCAUCGGUGUCAUUACCACCACAUUUCUACCGGGGAAGAUGAGGGACUAUGCCUAUGUAAGCUUCACAGCAGCAUGUGGUGUUGGCUCGGUUCUGGGCAAUAUUUCUGGUGGCUUCAUCGGGAGUUACCUUUCCUGGAGAUGGACAUUCUGGAUACCAGCAUGCAUAGCAAGCCUUGUCACCCUAACAGGAUACUUCAUCAUACCUGCCGCCAAGAACCCAAAGAACGACAGCAGCGGUGGUGAAGACGCGCAUCAGCACGUUGACUGGACUGGAGGUAUGCUCGUCUCGGCUGGCGUAGCCCUAUUACUCAUAGGUCUAUCCCAAGUCCAUGACAAUGACUGGAGUGGAUGGCGGAUUGUCAUAAUCUUCAUUGUCUCUGCAGUAUUACUGCAGGCUUUCGUCUUGUGGGAAUGCAACAUGGAGGACAGCGCAGAGUGUUCGCCGCUGAUGAAGAUGUCCAUGUUUAGAAAUUCAAAAUUUUCUGCUGCAUUUGUUAUUAUUGGAUGUUUCUAUGGCUCAUUCAAUAGCUUCCUGGUUUUUGCCUCAUUGUUUUACCAGGACUAUCUUGGCUUCACUGUGCUUGAGACCACGACACGAUUUCUUCCAGCUGGUAUUGUAGGUGUACUCGCCUGCUUUGCCAUGGCACCUAUUCUAUCUCUCUUCCCUAGGUUUUACUUUCUUCUAUUUGGGAUGGCCUGCGGCAUAACCUCGCCUUUACUAUUCGCACUCCCUAAUAUUCCUCCUUUUACGCCCUACUGGUUACGCGGUUUUCCGGCAAUGUGCCUUUGCCUGAGUGCAGACAUCAUCUGGCCUGUGAUGGGUUUAUUUAUGAGCCAAAGCGUGCCCCAAAAAAGUCAAUCGCUAGCUGCCGGUCUCCUACAGACGGCUAAUCAAGUCGGCCGCUCUAUGGGAAUCGCUGUGUCUGCAGCGGUACAAUUGGCUUUUCAAGGGCAACCGGAAUCGGGACAUCCACUUCUAAGGGAUCCAGAUCUCCUGAGGGGCUUGAGGGCCGCACAGUGGAUGAAUGCAGGGUUGGUGAUGCUCGCAUUAGGUGUGGCAGUUAUAUUCUUCCGCGAUGUGGAAUCGUUCUAA